AUGACCACUUUAGAUUCUGUAGCACCUGCUAUUACGUUAGCCGCCUUUCAAGGCAUUUCUUUUGCUAUUAACUAUAGUGUUUCCUAUGCUUUACUAGGCGAAUAUCAUAAAUACUUUAAGGAAGAAGAGGAUUCACGUUGGGAACAUCGAGAAUUUGGAAUUGACAUUUCUAUCCUACUACUAUGCAUGUAUCUUGCACAAAUUUUGGUCGCUUUUGUGACUGGAGCUAUCAUUUAUGCUACCAAUUCGCCCAUUACACCGAUGAUUAUGUCUAGUAUUUCAGCUUUAUGUUGUGCUAUUGCUGCUGCCUUUUUAGAUCGUGUACCUAUUAAUAAGUUCUAA